UCUAUAUAUCCUUGUUUUAGUGUAACACUCCAAUCAGUCUUAAAGAAAUUAAAAUACUAAUAGGUAGACUCCACAACAUCUUCACACAUGGAUAACAAAGAUGAUGUAGCUGUAGUGAUAGCUCCAUUACAUCUUCAAAGCCAUCUCCGACAACUUCUCCAUUUUGCAUGUAGAAUUUCCUCCUAUGGUCUACCGGUCUACUAUCUCGGCUUAGCCGCCUCUAACAGUCAAGCUAGGCAACACUCGACUACCUUAAAUCCUUCUGACAUAGCGAAAAUCCACUUCCAUGACCUCCAAAUUCCUAAUGAAGAUCCUCCUCCAAAUAUUCCCAUGCAUAUUUGGCAUGCUUCUAUGCGAACACGUGAACCCAUUGCUUCUUUCCUUGGAGAUAUCUCCUCAAAGGCAAGACGAAUUGUUGUUAUUCAUGAUCUUUUGAUGUCCUAUAAUGUUCAGGAUAUUUCUUCAUAUCCCAAUGGAGAAUCCUAUGUAUUUCAUUGCCUACCUAUUUUCGAUAUGUAUUGUAGUCACUAUGCCCCAGCUGCAGGACUCCCUAUUCCACUUGAAGAAGAGCUUCUUACAAAGCUACCUUCCAAUGAUGGAUGUUACGACCCUGAGGAUGUGGAGCACCAUGCUAAGUAUCUAAAUCAUUGCAUGGGCAGGAACGCUGGUGAUAUCUUUAAUACAAGUCAAGUAAUUGAUGGUACUGCUAUUGUUGAUUCCAUGGCAAAUCUUGCAACCAUACAAAACAAAAAGUUAUGGGCAUUAGGACCAAUUCUCCUAACACAAGAUCAUGAUAAGGUCCAAAUCAAACACCUCUGUUUGGAUUGGCUUAACAAACAGCCUCCUAAAUCAGUUAUUUAUGUGUCUUUUGGAACAUCUACUUCAUUUUCAGCUGAACAAAUCAAGGAGCUAGCAAUUGGUUUAGAGCUAAGCAAACAAAAGUUCAUAUGGGUACUUAGAAAUGCUGAUGUAGGAGAUCCUGUUAACAAUAAAUGCGAAGAGAAUAGAUCAGGACCACUUGAGUUGCCGGAAGGAUUUGAAGAAAGGGUAAAAGGGGUUGGCUUAGUGGUGAGAGAAUGGGCACCUCAACAAGAAAUUUUCGCUCAUCCGUCUACUGGUGGCUUCAUGAGUCACUGUGGAUGGACUUCUUGUUUAGAAAGCAUUAUUGAAGGUGUGCCAAUAGCGGCUUGGCCUAUCCAAUUUGAUCAACCAAAAAAUGCUUUUUUAGUCGCGGAAGUGUUAAAAAUAGGGCUCCAUGUUAGGGAGUGGGAGCAACGGAAUGAGUUAGUGACUGCUUCCACCAUUCAAAAUAUAGUUAGCAAAUUAAUGGCAUCGGAAGAAGGUGAUAUGAUAAGGAAAAGAGCACAAGAACUAAGCAAGGCUGUAAAGCGGUCCACGGAAGAAGGUGGUGUUUCUCGAAUGGAGUUGGAUUCUUUCGUCGCUCAUAUCACAAGAUAGAAUGUUACUUGUUUAAGAUUGGUGAGUGUCCUCAAUGUUCUUAUUGUUAUCAAGUAUUUUGGUUGUGUUGUUGGUAAUUUCCUAAAUAAGAUAAGGUUGCUAGUCUUUUCUUGAAUUCUACUUUCUAGUCUCUUUACGUCCCCAGGAUGUCACCUACAAAUCGAGAAAUGAUAAGAUUUGAAAGAAGGUCUCAUUAUUUUUU